CUCCGAAAUUUGUAUUGUUAAUUUGUCAUGCCAGUGAUCAAAAGUAAAUAAGUAACGCAUGUGGUUUAUUAUAAUGUUUAAAACUGCGUAUUGCAAUUAAUAAAUUAACGCAGAUAAAAGGCAUUACUUUUUCUGAAAGUUUUAAUCUUUCCUAAUGGAUACAGACAUCCUCGCUAACGACAAAGACAACCUAUACGAUGAUUUUUACCUAGAAGAAUUUACUGAGUUUCAAUGGUCAUCACUCUUGAAUUCUGCGGAUGCAUCUCCAAGUGAAAUUUUAGCUGAUGCAGCUCCCAGUCUUAUACCUUCAGUAUCACCAGUUUUGAGUAUAAAAUCAUCACCAGCUGAAAGCAGCAACUCUGACUCCAGUAGUGAAGAUGAUACCAAAAAUAGCUCCAGUACCUCAGCAAGACAGUCCUCACAAUCUCCAUGUGACUGGUUAUCUGGCAAUGAUAAUGAAGCAAUUUAUCAGUUGAAACCGGAAGAAGUGGAUCAGUUUUUACAAAAAACAGACAGUAUUAAAUAUGAACCUAACAUAAUUCCAUCAAACCAUGAAGUGGAGAGAAAAGGACCUGUUAUGGCUAUUGAAAAUGGUGUUAUAAAGGUUGUUAAGACGGAAAAUGACUUUGAACCAAGCAGAAUAAUAUCUUCAUUAUCACCAAGGAUUGAAGCACACAACCUCCAUGACUCUUACUUUAGAGUUGUCAAUGAGAAUUUCAUUAAUAUAACACAGAAGGAAGACACGGAUCAAUUGUUUUUGAAUAAAAAUAAAGUACAAAACAUAUUAAAUAGUGUUACAAAGCCAAUUGUUAUAAUACCACAAAAUUUAAAUAAGAAUAAGAUUACAUAUUCGCCUCCACCACAAAAUUUGCAAAAAACCCAGUGCUCAAAUGGUUAUCAAAUUAAGUCUUCACUACAAAGUAAUAUUGUGCUAAAUCCUAAACUCUCUCAUGGAGAAACGGUUAUUGAUAAAACUUCUGUUAAUUCUUUGUUGGACAUGCCACAGUUGAGUGAGGCUGAAGUGAAAGCAAUAAAAAAGCAACAAAGAAUGAUUAAAAAUAGAGAAUCCGCUUGUCAGUCACGACAAAAAAAGAAAGAGUAUGUUACUGCAUUAGAACAGCAAUUAUUAGAGGCGCAUCAAGAAAUUGCAAGAUUGCGAUUAGAAAAUAAAAUACUUAAAAAUCAAUUGGAAUCUAAUGGCAAAAGUCGAAAGAUACCCAAGCUUGAUACAUCGCUUUUGAUACCUAAAAAGAACAUAGCAGUUAUUUUUGCAAUGGUUUUUAUGGUAUCAUUGAAUUGGAAUAUAUUGGGUUGGAAUUCUAAGCCGUUUAUUGAGCCAACAUCGCCGCAUGUCAGCGCGAGACAUUUACUAUGGGCCGAAGAAAAUAAAAAUGAUGUUUCCAUAGAUUACGACCAAUUAAAUAGAAGUUCAGAGGGCAUUGAGUGUCAAAACAGUACAGUAAAUGACUUUAUUAAUCAAACAGAAAGUAUAAGAAUAGCUGGGGAAUUGAAGCGUUGGAUUGGCGGUGGGAAAACCUUAAACUGGACCAACACGCGGAGUAAAAGGAAAAGCAGUUACAUUAAUGAAGAACAUAUUAAUGGUGGAUUACUGGAAGCAUAUAAACUAUUCGAUAAAUUGAACCUUGAUAACAAUCUGGUUGAUUUUCCGAGUGCAAGUAAAAAUGGUAAAAAUAUACGAGAUAAGGCGCGUUUGCGAAGAUUACGCAGAUCUCUCACAACGGAUAAAGAUAUCGAAUUUGCCGAUACGGGAAUAUAUUAUGAGAAACUUUAUAAUAAGCACAUUAGGAAAGCUAGGAAUGAUUAUGACGUCAAUGAUUUUGGUGAAUGGAAUGAUUUGCUUCAAGCAUUGCAUAGGCGAGAUGAUACGUUUUACGUAGUCGGCGUUGGUAAAGGAGAACAUUUGCUUCUCCCAGCUGUUUCACACAAUGUUACUAGGCCACCAAAAAUGGCGCUCAUAUUACCAGCGCGGUCUGGGAAUGAUUCUAUAUUAAGUGAUCAUGUAACACUCAUGCAAAUUGAUUGUUCGGUUGUAAAUACGACGCUGGUGAAACUAAAAUCGAAUGCAAUACCGAAGAGUCUUAGAAAAAACAGAUUAAAUUCAACGAAUACAUUUUAUGAUAAUCCUAAACCAAAAAAAGUGAAAGUGGACAAGAAGCCAAUAAACAUAGUACAAAAAUCUAUUAACAGUACUAGUCGUGCAUCAAAACAUGAUAUGAAGAGAGACUUAUUUGCUCAAUACUUAUUAUCAAAGCCUAUAGAACGCAAAAACGAUUCCAAUAAUAAAACAGUUAGUGCAACUCCUGUAUUAAAAAAUAUAUCAGGCUCUGUAAAUGGAACAGAAUGAAAUAUGUAUAUAUUUUUAUUUUAUGAGAUAUUUAUAUGUUUAUGUGUAAUAUUUAAACAUGUCACAAGCAAUAUAAAGUUUCAAAAUCAGUUCAUAUGUAUUUGUUUAUGUAUAUUAAGUAACAGACUAUAGUAUAAGAAGCAUGCUGUGAUUUUUGAUCAUGUUUAAUGUAAUUGUUGACAUCACAAGUGUGCAAAUUACUAUGUAUAAAAGUAAUCAAUUGAGCAAGUUUUUAUUAUUUAUUUAAGCGUGCAUUGUGUAUAGGCACUUCAUCUAUAUUUAUUAAAGUGAAUCGCCAAAUGUGGUGCCAAGCGAAGCUCGAGAACGGCUCGACCAGUUCGGCAAUUUUUAUGAACAUUUUUGUUAAGGCACAAGGAAGGUUCUUAUGGAGAGAAAAAGGUACAAUGGCUGAAGCCGGGGCCGAUCGCUAGUAUAUAUAAAAUGAAGUGAAAUGGAACAAAAAAUUAAAAACGUCAAUAUCAUUCUAUUAGCUUAGAAAAAAAAUACAUAUUAUUAGCUACAGAACUGGACAAGUGACAUAUUUCGCAAUUCAGUUCUA